ACAAUAAAAGCUCCAUCAUCCUCAUCAGUUUUCAAAACCCUCGCGCGCAACAUUCUCCCCAGAGUGUUGCGAUGAACCCACACACGAACCAUCUGGUGUUCCGAAGAAGAGACUCUGCAGAGCUUUUUAGGGAGAGUCACGACUCAAUUGCACGAAGCUUUUAUUUCGUCAGACACUGAACAAAAAACACCUCCCUGAUUACUAUAAAAGCCGCCGAAUUCUCAUAUUGACUUCAGUGAUUAAAUAGCGAUCUUUCAGAAUGAAAUAUCUGGUAAUUGUAUUCGUGCUCAUCGCAUUGUCGGUGGCUGAUAACUUUGAGGAGUGCGCCAAAGAAACAGAAAUCUCUGCGGAGGAAAUUACACGCUUCAAGAACGACGAUCUUACGAGUAAUGAUCCAAAAGCCCAUUGUUUCGUGAAAUGUCUAUUCCGAAAGAAGGAGUUCUUUGACGAUGAAGGCCUUCCUCAACCACCUAAAAUUGGUAGAUAUUUAGCAGAGAAGAAUCCUGGAAAGAACAUAAAGGAGAUUAUGGCUGACUGUCUGCAAAUGAUAUCAGAGGAUGGAGAAGUAGCAUGUGAGACAACUUACUUACGAUACAAAUGUGCUUUUGGUAAAGGACUCCUGAUUAUCUGAUAAGUUAAAUUGCAGAAAAUACCAUGGAUCAAAGUUCUUUGAAUUGACUAAUAAUGUGCCUUAAUGUUUUUGUUGUAAUUUAACAGAUGUAAAAAAUUGUUGUUGGUGAAAAUGAAUAAAGCAGUCUUGCAAGU